AUGGCAUCAAAGGGCAACUGCGGAGGCCGAGGGGAGCUGCCCAAGUUCCAGGAUGGCAGCAAGAUCACCUUCCACUUCCAGACGCUGAAGGACGACUUUGAGCGGACGGUGAUCGACGACAGCCGGGAGGCCGGCAUGCCCAUGGAGAUCAUCGUGGGCAAGAUGUUCAAGCUGGAGAUCUGGGAGACGCUGCUCAGCUCCAUGCGGGCCGGGGAGGUGGCCGAGUUCUGGUGCGACGCCAUCCACACGGGCAUGUACGCGCUGGUGUCCAAGGGCAUGCGGCGCAUCGUGGAGGGCCGCGACCCCCUCGAGGGGCAGAAGCACCGCUGCGGCAUGGGCAACAUGUUCGACUACCACAGCACGGGCUACGCCGACCUGGACGAGCUGCAGCCGGCCGAGAAGUACCAGGAGGCCGUCAUCUGCCUGAGGAACCUGCAGGCCAAGGAGAAGCCGUGGGAGGAGGCCUGGCUGAAGCUGGAGAGCCUGGUCACGCCGCUGGUGCUCAACUACUGCCAGUGCCAGCUGGAGCUGGGCGAGUACUACGAGGUGCUGGAGCACACCACGGAGCUGCUGCAGAAGCACCACGGCAACGCCAAGGCCUAUUUCAAGCGGGCGAAGGCGCACGCGGCCGUGUGGAACGAGCGGGAGGCGCGCGAGGACUUCGCGCGCGCGGCCCACCUGGCCCCCGCCAUGGCGGCCGCCGUGAAGAAGGAGCUGAAGCUGCUGGGCGAGAGGAUGCGCAAGAAGCACGUGGAGGAGCGCAAGCGCUACCGGGGGCUCUUCCAGGCGCCCGGGACCACAGAGACGGCGCCCGUGGGGGCUGUGGCAUCAGAGCAGCCAGCCGGGGCCGAUGGAGCGGAGCUGGGGAGCCCCAGGCAGCCAGGAGCAGCGCUGGGAGGAGGACAGUGCGGCCACGGGCCUGGGAAAGGGGGACGGGGAUCGAGGAGGGCAGGAGGCAGCCGGGCUCGGAGGAGCGGUGGAGGCUGCUGA